CCGUGAUAUGCCGGAAGCUACGUUUUGCUCGACCUAUCAACCUUGUUUACUUCAACACUGACAGUUACAAAAAGAAAGUAGAAAUAAUUAGCCUACUUUCACAAAAACCAUGAUGAUGAACGUGUUAAGUCAGACGAACUUUCCUCAGGUGAAAUGGCAAAAGUAGCAACCAUGCAGCAACCAAACCUCAUAUCAAACCUACAAAAUGUAACUAAUCCUGCUAACUAUGUUGGAAGUCAUCUUCAGACGCUUGGGACCCCUCCAGGUGAGGAGCCUAUGGAAACGGAAGAAUACCCAGCGAUAGCUCCCAGUCAACCUGGCACAAUGGGUACAGUUAUCGGUACCCCACAAACAGAGGAGGAAAACUGCUCCAUAUGUUUAGACAGUUUCACAGACAAGACUGUUUUACCUAGCUGUUCACAUGAGUUUUGUAAGGAGUGUAUAGAACAACAGUUUAAGUACAAGCCUGUGUGUCCUAUAUGUGGAGCUGUAUAUGGUAAAAUUACAGGGACACAGCCCCCCGGACACAUUACCAUCACACGCUUAUCCAAUGGUAAAUUACCAGGAUAUGAACAAUAUAGCAUCAUAUCAGUGUCUUAUUCUUUCCCUGACGGAAUCCAAGGGGCGGAACACCCCCACCCAGGGACAAGAUUCUCUGGGACCAGUCGCACAGGCUACUUCCCAGACUGUCCAGAAGGUGUCAAGGUGGUCAGAUUACUUAAAACAGCAUUUGACCGCCGUCUUGUUUUCACUGUUGGAAGGUCAAGGACAACAGGGGCUGACAAUGUUGUGACUUGGAACGAUAUCCAUCAUAAGACAACAUUUACUGGUGGCCCUCAAAAUUUUGGAUACCCUGAUCCAACCUAUUUAGGGAGAGUUACGGAAGAGCUUGCAGCUAAGGGUGUUACAGAGAAUGACCUGGAUCACACCACACUCAACAUUAUACACUAGCGUGUGUAGCAGAAAACCAUAUGAGCAGACAGUACAUGGUUAGUGGAUGACCAUAUCACAUGUUCUCCGGAGUGAUCCUUACAUGACUUAUUGAUCGGACAUUAAUAGUGGCGGCAUUAAAAUAAUAAUAACCUUUGUUUUAUGCACAAAACAUUAUGUAGCAAAUAAAGUGAUAUUUUGUAUAAAG